AUGGGGGAAGACGUGGAUGGUGAUGACAAGGAGCGAGGUGCGGUGCGGUCGUCCUUCAUCACAUUGAUCGAGCAUCAGCACCAGGAAACCAUCCAUAUGCUCCAAUUGCUCGACGACAAACUUGAGCUGCUUCGACGACCACUGAAGUCAUACGGCUUCAAUUCUGGUGUGGAGUCUCUGAACAUCCUGGACAUGUCGUCCCCGUCCCCUGACGACCCCCAGACUGCAGCUAUAAGCUCCAUGCAGCUGGCCAGCGAAGGCAGCCGGAACAGUGUGGCCCCGCAGCUUUUAAAAAGCUAUACCACCUUCGACAAUCAGCUGCGGGAGGAUGCGGAAGAAGCACACGCGGACCUUGAGAAGAAGCGUAUCGACAUCGCGGACUCGGAGAUGCCGGGAGAAAAACCAUCAUGGGCAAAGCAGCUCUCCUCCAGCCCCUAUUUCGAUGCCUUCUUUGCUGCUGUGGUCCUGUUGAAUGCGAUUUACAUCGGAAUUGAGGUGGAAGUCGAAAUCAGAAAUCCAAACCAGGUUUACGCUGUGAUGGCUGUUGUGCAAACAGGCUUUACCGUACUCUUUGCCAUUGAGCUCAUUGUUCGUCUCUGCGCAGGUGGUCUCAGGAUUUUCUGGGGCGAGGACUAUAUGUGGUGCCUCCUGGAUCUCUUCAUUGUGUUAACCUCCACCUGGGAAAUCAUGAUGGUGCUGCUGCAGGGUGAGCUUGCGGCUGGUCCCAUGGGUGUGACCAGCCUGAAGGCCCUCAGGAUCAUCCGCCUGACUCGGGUCUUCAAAACUGCACAAGUGAUGCGCAUCUUCCGAUUUGUGAUCCCCUUGAGGACCUUGGUGCGGUCCAUUAUGCACACCUUGAAAGCCUUGAUAUGGGCGCUUCUCUUGCUUUUUCUGGUCGUAUACGUAUUUGCGGUCUUAUUCACGCAGACCGUCAACACUGCAGUGAGCGAUAUGGACACUAGCUCUCCAGAGCUACAUGAUGUAAAACGAUAUUUCGGGAAUUUAGUGAACACAAUGCUGAGCCUUUUUAUGAGCAUUGCUGGCGGCGUGAGUUGGGAAGCUGUGAUUACGCCGUUGGGGUUUAUCUCCCCGCUAUGGGCUCUUCUUUUCCUAUUCUAUAUUUCGUUUACAUAUUUUGCGGCACCAUGGCUUUGCCAGGAAAUUUUGGUCUGUUUUUUUUGCUUAUGGUUUUCCCCACUGUUUCUACGGAAAAAAUAUGGGUGCCGCAUGCCAUUCAAAUUUGCCCAUCGAGGUGCUGAACGUGGUGCAUUGGCGGCCGAUUUGUUAGCAACAUUUUGUGGUUUUAUGAUGUGA